AUGCUCCCUUCCAUUCUCAUCAUCAUUCUAUUAAUUCUGCCUUUCCCGCUCUUCCUGUACACAUUUCCUGAUAUACUCUACAAAUCUUUGCUGUCUGUACUUCAUCUGUUAUACAAUAUUCAAAGAUUUACAUCUUCUCUCGCACAAAUACGUAAGCCAAGGAUCACGGUGUCAUAUGACUCAAUAAAACAGGUUAUAAGCAUAGUCGAUAGGAUUCCAAAGCAUUUGGCUGUAAUCUAUUGGAGAAGGGUAGAAGAAGAAGAAGGCAACGGAGAGGGUGUCGAAAUAGGUUAUAGAGAAAUCGGAAAAUUAGCGUGCUGGGCCGCGAGUGCUGGGAUCAAAGUGUUAAGUAUCUACGAAGCGGAAGGUAAGCUCAAGCGAAUUGUCCGACAGUUGCAGCACCAUGUUGAUGCCGAAGCGAGGCGGUUCUUUGCAAGAGAAGGGAACAUACCAAUACUACGGGUUUCUGUCGUAUAUAAUAGCUCAUCAACGGAAGAUAUACAAGCAGAUCUUCAAAUAAUACUAUUAUCUCGAUCAGACGGCCGUGGACGUAUAGUUGAAGUGACAAAGUCACUAGCAUCCGAGACAUCACUAGGCAACCUUCAAAGCGACGCUAUAGACGUCGAGAGGAUUGAUCAGGCUUUAAGUGAUUCUCAUUUCACUGAACCACAGCAGUUGAUUAUGUUUUCUCCAGAGAUUGACUUGCAAGGUUUUCCUCCAUGGCAGUUGAGAUUAACAGAAAUCUUUCAUAUCGCUGGCAACAAGCAUUUUGACUAUUCGGUUUUCCAAGAAGCAUUAAUUAAAUAUGCAAAAAUAGACAAAAGAUUUGGACGAUAA